CGGAGAGUCGGGUGUCGCUGCUCACUGCCCCCGCGCCCGCCCGCCGGUCCAGCCAGCCCCGCGCAUGGCCCCGGCGUCGCUGGGCAUGGACCCCGCUGGGCUCAGGGCACGCAGCGGGGACGGCGCAGGGUCCGGCCAGCUGCCCUUCAGCGUCGAGUCGCUGCUGGAGGAGGAGCGCGGGCCAGGCCCAGGUCUCACGGAGCCGGCGGAGGCCGAGCAGGAGGAGAGGCCGAGUGGCGCCGCGGAGCUCCGGGCCUGGUUCUCGCCGGCCGCCUGCACAUCCCCCCCACGAGCCCCCAGCCCUCCACUCUGCACCCUCCGAAAACACAAGAACAACCGCAAGCCGCGGACGCCCUUCACCACCGUGCAGCUGCUGGCGCUGGAGCGCAAGUUCCGCCAAAAGCGGUACCUGUCGGUUGCCGAGCGCGCCGCGUUCUCCGGUAGCCUGAGCCUCUCCGAGACGCAGGUCAAGAUCUGGUUUCAGAACCGCCGGGCUAAGGCCAAGCGGCUGCAGGAGGCCGAGCUGGAGAAGCGGAAGCUGGCGGCCAAGCCGCUGCUGCCCUCGUUCUCCCUGCCCUUCCCCCUGGGCGCCCCGCAGCAGGGCUCCCCGGCCGUGUACGGCGGCGCCGCGGGCGUCCUGCCGCCGGUGCCCGGGUUCUUCGCCGCUCCGGUUGCCGCCCGUGGCCUCUACUACUUGUCCUAGGGCGCCCUGGACCGCCGCCUGCGCACAGGGUCCCCCGGGGGCUGCGGCACAGGGCGGGGAGGGGUGGGCUUCUGCCCCGCAGGCCAGCGCGGGCCCCCGGGCGCAGGGUCAGCGCGUUCGGCUCCCGGCGGCCAGCGGAGCCCCCGACCGGGUCCCUGCGCCCCGAACCGCCGCUCCCGGUAACCUCCAAACGUUUCGUUGAUUUGUUCUGAUUUUUUGUUUUUUUGGUGUUAAUACAAUGUUGACGCCCGAAGCUUAUCUGUAGGUGUCUUACAGAUAUUUACAAAUAAUAAUAAUAAAAAAAAUCAUGUUCAUAUCAAACUGUUUGCCAAAA